AUGGCGCUGUCCCCUUAUGUGCAGGCCAUGCAAGAGCUGUUCCGCGCCAACACCCGGAGCCGAGAGUUCCCGGCGCACGGCGCCAAGGUGCACUCGGUGGCCUGGAGCUGUUGCGGCCGCCGCCUCGCCUCCGGCUCCUUCGACAAGACCGCCAGCGUCUUCCUGCUCGAGAAGGACCGGCUGGUGAAGGAGAACAACUACCGAGGCCAUGGGGAUAGUGUGGAUCAGCUCUGCUGGCACCCCAGCAAUCCUGACCUCUUUGUCACGGCAUCUGGGGACAAAACCAUCCGUAUCUGGGACGUCCGUACCACCAAAUGCAUCGCCACUGUCAACACCAAAGGAGAGAACAUCAACAUCUGUUGGAGCCCUGAUGGACAGACCAUUGCAGUGGGGAACAAGGAUGAUGUAGUCACCUUCAUUGAUGCCAAGACUCAUCGUUCCAAAGCUGAGGAACAGUUCAAGUUUGAGGUGAAUGAGAUCUCCUGGAACAAUGAUAACAACAUGUUCUUCCUCACCAACGGGAAUGGCUGCAUUAACAUCCUCAGCUACCCAGAACUGAAACCUAUUCAGUCCAUCAAUGCCCAUCCUUCAAACUGCAUCUGCAUCAAGUUUGAUCCCAUGGGGAAGUACUUUGCCACAGGCAGUGCUGAUGCGUUAGUCAGCCUCUGGGACGUGGAUGAACUGGUGUGUGUGAGGUGCUUCUCAAGGCUUGACUGGCCUGUGCGAACGCUGAGCUUUAGCCAUGAUGGGAAGAUGCUGGCAUCAGCAUCAGAAGAUCACUUCAUUGACAUUGCAGAAGUGGAGACAGGAGAGAAGCUCUGGGAGGUGCAGUGCGAGUCCCCCACCUUCACUGUGGCCUGGCAUCCGAAGAGGCCCCUGCUGGCCUUCGCUUGUGAUGACAAAGAUGGCAAAUACGACAGCAGUCGGGAGGCAGGCACCGUCAAGCUCUUCGGCCUACCCAAUGACUCCUAAUGGAACCACACCAGGGGAGGCAAUGUCUGCCUGCU